AUGUUUAAAGGGAGGCAGGCCUGGUUUUCAGACAGUGUACCCGAGGAGCUGUGCAGACUCUGGGAGGCUGAAGGAGGAGUUACCACCACUCAUCAUCGCGCUGAGUAUCUUUUCAGUAAUGAUGCAUCUCACAGGGACACUCAGAGGAUAUAUAAUAGCUUGGAUUAUGUGGAAAACAAGGCGACAAUUUUCCAUGCCAGCUUCAUUCAAGCAAAGACCAAAUCAAAAGCUGAGAAUCUCGUAUUUCUUGGUAAUUUCAUCCUUCCCCCAGCUUGUUUACAAGAAGAAAUCAAAAGGACAAUUGGCAGCUUCAUUUGGGAACAGUGCAGUGGAUCUCACGUGGAACAGCAGAAUGUAGGUACUUCUAAUGGAGAAGCAUUAUGUAUGAACGAAGGGACACUGCAUCAGCUAGAAGAAUAUGAUAUGAGGAAUGAGAGUUCGGAGUCAGAUAGUCCUAUCCCAGAAGAAGGAAUGUACUACACCCUACAGAACUACCCAGUAAAUAAUAUGUUUACAGGUUAUGUGUCCAUUGACGAACUGCCAGCAUUUUCAGAGGAACUUCAUGAUUUCACACCCAAUACUUCACAACAUUUCGCCUUUUGUAUUCGCGAUGAGUGUAAUGCAUUUUCUGUGGUUAAAAAACAAAGCAAAAAAUAAGUGCCUACCUUAAAAACACACUCCA